ACACUGAUCAUAUGACAGCUGCCUGCGUCCCACACUUCCCUUCCCCGCUGGAAAAACGCCACAUCUGACAGGGAGGGAGAAACAGAAACAACCACGGGGGAGCUUGAACACCGACCUCAAGAUGCUGGCACUAAUAAACCGGCUUUUGGACUGGUUCAGGUCUCUGUUUUGGAAGGAGGAGAUGGAGCUGACGCUGGUCGGCCUCCAGUACUCGGGAAAAACAACAUUUGUAAACGUGAUCGCUUCUGGACAUUUCAGUGAAGACAUGAUCCCUACAGUCGGGUUCAAUAUGAGGAAGGUCUCCAAAGGAAACGUCACCAUCAAAAUCUGGGAUAUAGGAGGGCAGCCAAGGUUCAGGAGCAUGUGGGAGCGCUACUGUCGGGGAGUUAAUGCAAUCGUGUACAUGGUUGACGCAGCAGAUCGAGAAAAGGUUGAAGCUUCCAGAAACGAGCUUCAUAAUUUAUUAGACAAACCUCAGUUGCAAGGAAUUCCUGUUUUGGUACUCGGUAACAAAAGGGAUCUUCCCACUGCUCUAGAUGAAAAGCAGCUCAUUGAGAAAAUGAACCUGGCGGCUAUUCAGGACAGAGAGAUAUGCUGCUACUCAAUUUCCUGCAAAGAGAAAGACAACAUCGAUAUCACACUUCAGUGGCUCAUCCAGCACUCAAAAUCCAGGAGGAGCUGAAAAUGCACGAGUUGUUUCCCAGCUGUGUUUGCCAUGUUACUGUCAUGCCACAACCCAAUCACUCUGCUGCGUCGAUGUUCAGUCUUCAACACACAUGCUGCACUGUUCUGCUCGUUUCACACAAGUUCCUUUUCUCCCCCUUUUCACCUUGUGAUUCUUUCACAAACCCUGAGAAUGCACUACUAAAAAUGUGAUUCUGAAAUUUAAGGAAUGCAAUUGGCAUUAUUCUGUACGUCCUGCAAAGCUGUUUCCUUUAACUUGGAGUAAGAACCUAAUUUAUCUAUCUUCUUUUUACCAUUUAGGCAUUAACCGGUUGAUCAUACCCAGUGGUUUAAAACACUAAUCUUGGGUAUACAACAACACCCUUCUUAAGUGAGGGCUGAAUUUGUCAAACAGGCCUCACAUAACAAAAAACAAGUUCUUCACACAGUCAGAUAUGAUGCCUGAAGAUGGAUGAAGUGGACAUCCAGGUUUUCCCGUUUCUGUAGAGCUCCACCCUGUGAUUGUCUUCAUUGGGUGUCACCUUUCGCUCCAUCAGGUUUUCUUUUUACGAGGAGUCCAUUGUUUUAGAAAAUUGUGCAUUUAAGCAAGUUAAUUGAAACAGGUCUGUACAAAUAUCAAGCUAGUAUGAUUUUUACUGAUGUGAGAUGUGCGUGUAUGAAUAUAUAAUUCUAUUUAAAGUCUGAAUGUACUAGAAGUAAAGCUGUACGGGAUUGUGUGGUUCAUAUUGGCCUCUGUUUGUAAGUAGUCUCAGUGGAAUGAUGUUCUUUGUGCUGCCUUGAGGCUGAGAGAGCGGCAGAAUUCAAAGUGCCUUGUGCAAUGUCUCUCACCUCUGAAGCAAAGCAGCGUGCAAGGUGUGCCUACCUGGGUAGAGUAAAAAAAAAAACCACUUCAAGAAAUAAAAAGGCAUGCUUUUUAAUUUA